AUAAAAAUGGUUUCAUCUAAGUUCAGCAAAUUUAACAGCUUUUACCAGAAAAUUAUAAGAAAUAUUUCUGAGUUAAAGCUACAAUAUUCAGUUCCUCUUGUCUUAUCUGUGAUGACUUUGAUCAACUUUGUAUGUAUUGCUCAUGAAGAUGAAAAUAAAGAAUCUAGGCAAUUAUUUCUUGAUGAUAUCACUGAUGACCUCGACUGGCGUAAACCCCUCCACCAAGUUGCUGCUGGCCUCGUCUUCCUUGCCUGGCUCCAGUGGUACUCAUUCCUGUUCCGGUCUCUGCUGAUAGCUGGAGAAGUCUGAUUUAUCGUGUGGGCUUGCGUGUACCCUUCGAAGCUUGAGCUGGACACCAUUAUCUGGAAUGGAGUUCUAAUCGUUAUCAACUUGAUUCACAUACUGAUGUUCAUGCUGAGUUUUGUGAAGCCGAAGCUGACGCAGAAAGAGCGAGAGAUAUACCAGCAAGACUUUAAGCUAUACUUUAGAGAAGGUGAUUUCAAACAGUUGAUGAAAUAUGCUGAAGUUGAAGUGGUGAGAUCAUCUGAAACCCUAAUAAAGCAAAAUGAAAGAAUUUCUGAAUUAAUCUACUGCCACAUUAUUUCUAAAGGUUCUAAAUGCCAGCUUAGUCAUAAUGGUAGUGAUAUAUAUUCAGUUAACAAUGCAGAUUGGCUAUCUAUUUAUGACUGUUAUCAUGCCGUUAAUUCUGGCAAUUUCCCAUGGAAUAUGACAGCUAAGGUACAAGUCCCAAAUAAUAGAGCUCAUUUUGAGAUUGUAAAAUUUAAUCUUGAUGAGCUUAAGAAAUACUUCUCUAAGCAAGGACAAGCAAGGAGAGUCAGAAAUGCUUUCUAUGCAUAUUUAUUUCACAAAAGAAUGCAGUAUUUAGAUCAAAAAGUUUGCACUCCAGAUGUUCUCUACAGAUCUUCAAAGGAGUCAAAGACAGAUUAUCUCAAAUCUUUCGUACAUCAAAAAGCUAAACCUAUGCCUCAAGACUCUUCAUCAAUCGAAGAGCCAGUUGAAGUAGACGGGAGUGGGGAAAUCAUAAAGGUCAGAAGAGAAGAUUCUAAAAUUGAGCAGUAUGUUUCAAACAAUCCGUUGAAGGGAAGUUCAAAGAGAAACAAGAAAAGGACGAUCACAACGAUUUUCAAAAGAGAGAAAAGCGUUUGCUCUGACUCAGAAUGCUCCUACUGUGGAAAUGUUGGACAAGAUUCGACCUCCCUCAACGCAAAUGAGAAGGAGAAAAGAGAAGAAUAUGACCUGUCUUCUGAUGAAGAAUCAAAGUAUCAGGUGAACCAUAUGAAGACAAAACUUCAGUUUUUAUAAUUUUCAAUAUUCA